GAAGUGCGCUGUACUAUAUUGCAAGAGCUCUAUCAAAGACAGUACAAUAAAUUUUCAUAAAUUCCCAAACAACCAAGAGUUGUUCCAAAAAUGGGCGGACUUUUGCGGCCAAGCAGUCGGCAGAAAUGCAAAAGUUUGUAGUGAACAUUUUCUGCCAGAUGAUUAUGAAGGAAGCUUAAAAGUUGAAAUGGGAUUCGGAAGAUGGCGCUACCUUAAAAAGGGUGCUGUACCGUCCGUUAAGAAAAAUCAGAUUGCAUCCUUAAUUACAACCCUGAAAAAGCCAUGGCCAUCACAAAGUAGUACUCUACCACAGACUUCAACAAAAGCAGCAGCCAUUUCGCAUAAAACAUCAGAGGCUGAAACGCAGAACAAACCAUCUACCGCUGCGAAACCUGUAGUUAAGGUUGCAUAUAUUUUGCCAAAGGCUUUAAAUAAACCAGCAAAAGCUUUGUGCCACACCACGCCAGUAACAUAUGCUUCACCUACCAUUUCGUUGAUGACUGCACCCUCUCGUGACCUCAACUGUACAAUAGAUUACUUGGAAAACAAAGUUGAAACGGCAAAGAAAGAUGCAGAACUGAAAACGAAAUUUCUGGAAGAGAAAAUCGAAGCGCUUAAGACUGAAAAUCAACGUUUGCAACAAUGCUCGAAAUUGAGGCUAGAAGAAGCCACCCGUUUGGAACAGCAAAUUGUAACGCUAAGACAGGAUAAAUUUAAAUUAGAAUUGGCAUCAGUUAAAUAUGAAAAGGAAAAAGCUGCUUUGGAGAUGCGCGUUAAGAGAGCCGAGUUCGAGCAAAGAAAUUUGGAGCAGAAACUGCAAACGAUAUUCACUCCUAAACAGAUUAGAAUGAUAAAAAGUGGAAAGACCCAACGCUGGAAUGAAGAAGAUAUUAAGAUGUCCAUUAAACUAUAUAGGACUAGCCCCAAAAUGUAUAUUAUGCUAAAGGAAAAGAAUUAUCCGUUACCUGGUGUGCGCACCAUUCAAAUGUGGUGCCAAAUGAAGAAAAUUCAAAUCGAUGGAACUGAAGAUGACGCGGAUAAAGAAAUUCCAAGCAGUACCGUAAAAAAUGGAAAUCAAACAGAAGAACAGCCCGUUGAUGAUUUAGAUAAUGAAAUGAUUACAAAUGAUAUGUUUGAAAUUGAAAGGAUCGAUGAGAACGUUGAUGAGGCGACUGUGCAUGGUAGUACAGAAGAGGAAGAAAAUACUGCAGUAGAAAAGAUGUGUGAUGAUGGAGAUGAGGUGAGCAGUGACAUGGAUGCUGCUUUCAAGUUGAUAACUUAUGAUUCAGAUGAAACCAUAAGUGCUAUAGAAGAUGAACACGAUAUUACGGAUGCAAUUUCAUUUGAUCACACGGAUAAGGCAAAUGAAAAUAGUAUACUAACAGUCGAAAGUCCCGGUAUUGAGGUUCAAGAAUUCAUUAUUCCGUGAUGGCUGGAUGCUCUGGAGGUUAUGGAAAUUUCAAACAAGUAAAUGAAGAAAUAAAGCGGUUAAGACAUUAUAAAUGAUGAGGAAAUUUUUGGCAGCUCCAAGUAAUUCCAAUCGUGGUAGCGACUUAGUUCUUAAUGGUGCCACUCUGGACUUGGCGCUCCACAGCGCCACCGUAACCUCGUCCAGCUCAUUGACGGUGCGAAUGUACACGCAUGCCCCAUAAGCCCGCAGCGACGCAUCACAAAAUCCGUGUAAUUCGACUCGGGCAGGACCAUUUUUCGCCAAAAUAUAUCGUGGUACUCGUAUAUCUUUGACCAAAGGCAGUUUCUCGCGAAAUCUGAUCCACUGAGCGUUAUCCUCCAAUGGUAGGGAUUCAUCCCAAUGUACCUUUAUAAUCCACAGAUUUUGCAAAAAGAUCUUAGCCUUUACGAUUAUGGGGUUUAUUAGACCGAGAGGAUCAAACAGACUCGCAAUCUCCGCCAGCACAAUCCGUUUUGUCACCGGUUUAUCCAUUUUCAGCUCCGGCCAAUCAUAACGAAACACAUCGGAAGUGGGCUCCCAUAUAAUACCGAGAGUUUUGAUGAUUUCGGCAUCGUUCAUAAGCAGUGGCUUCUCUUGAUCAUCCGAUGGCACUUUCUUCAAAAAUUCACUAUUAUUCGAGUACCAUUUACGUAGCUCAAACCCUGCAGAACUUAAAAUCUCGCUGACCUCCGAGUAAAUUUGUUGUAGCUGCUCAUCGGAGUCUGCACCUGAUAUCAGAUCAUCCAUAUAAAAAUCUGAUAAAACCUUGUUUGCACCAUAUGGAAACUUCUCUGCGCACUGUUCACCAAGUGCCUUUACACAUCUUGUCGCCAGAUAUGGCGCGGACGCCGUUCCGUACGUGAUCGUCAAUAAGCGAUAUACUUCAAUAUCUUCAUUUGGGGUUGGCCGCCACAAUAUACAUUGAUAAAAUGAAUCCUCUUCACUCACCCAGGCUUGCCGAUACAUUUUCGUCACAUCCGCUGUUAUCGCAUACUUAUAGCAUCGAAAGCGCAACACGAUCGCUAGCAAGUCAUCUUGUACAAUGGGUCCUUUGCACAUUACAUCAUUCAAAGAGAGCCCCGAUGAGGUCUUACAACUGCAGUCAAACACUACCCGCAGUUUAGUACUUGUAGAUUCUGGCCGUAACACAAACGUAUGCGGUGCAAGGUACUUUACCUUUUCCCUGGAAUCCCUUGGUACCAGUGCCAUAUGCCCCAAUGCCAAAUAUUCCUCUAUGAAUGCAUUAUACA